AUGUCUAAUUAGAGAAGAUCUGAAUCUCAAACCUCUUCCAUCAUAUAUACACCAAUACCAUUAAGACUUUAAUUUAGUGCAUCUCGUUCUAGUAAAUAAGGUUCAAAUUCUAACAUUCUUUGGGAUAGCACUUCAAAGCACUCAUAUGUGUAAACUCAUUCGUAAAGUCCUCGGAAAGUUUUGUAUGUAAUUAUCACUUAUACAAAUAGACUGUAAACAUUUGAAUCCUUAUAUCAUGAAAGGCCCAAUAAUCCUAUGACAAGAGAUGAAAAAUUUAAAGAACUUGAAAAUCUCAUCUCUUCUUUUGAUUCUGAAGCUUUCAUUCAAGAUGUUGAACCUUUUGAAUGAGCUCUAAAUACUUUUGAAAUGUG